CAAGCGAUGUUUGAUUGAAAAUUACUGAUUCGGCUUUCGGUUGUUGGUGGUGAUUCAGUGUGUGUGUGUGUUUUGUGAAUUUUGUGUUUUUUUUAAGUGGAAUUUUCUUUAAAAACAUUGAAAAUAUGGCGCCCAAUUGUCAAUUAGAAAGAACGUUUUUAAAUCAAUCAAAAUUGAUCCAAAGUGUUCAUCAUCAUCACAAUCAACAUCGACAAUGGUCAUUUUUGUCCAUUAUAAUGAUCAUCAUUAUAACCAUAACAACAACAUCGGUGAUAAAUCCAGUUCAUGCAUCUGGUUAUUUUGAAUUACAAUUUAUUGAAGGUAUAAGAAAUUCAACAACCAUACAUGUUUGUUUAAAAGAAUUUUGGAAUUCACAAAUCAAUCUAAAUCGUUGUACAUUUGGUCAGAAAACUUUGACAAUUUUAUAUUAUGAUUAUCAACAUUAUCAUAUUGAAUCAAAUUUGGCUAUUUCUACCUCUUCUUCUUCUUCUUCGGCAACAACAACUACCGGCAUUACUAACAACAAUAAUAAUAAACAAUCAAUGAUACGUAUACCAUUUAGUUUUCGUUGGAUUGGAUCAUUUUCAUUUACAAUCCAAUUGGCCGAUAAUAAUCAAUGGUCGUCGUCAUCAUCAUCGUUAACAGCAAUGGAUAGAUUUAUUGUUGAAGAUGAAUUUGCUAUACCGGGUAAACAUUGGAAAUAUCGUACAUUUCAUGCAAGCGAUGGUCGUAUAAUAUCGAUACGUUUUCGUAUCGAUUGUGAUCAUUAUUAUCAUUCAGAUGAUUGUGCUACAUUUUGUCGUGAACGUAAUGAUACAUUUGGUCAUUAUUCAUGUGAAUCGAAAAAUGGACAUAAACAAUGUUUAUAUGGUUGGAAAGGUGAAAAUUGUGAUAAACCAAAAUGUCGUAAUGGUUGUAAUGAAAUGCAUGGAUUUUGUGAAUUACCCGAUGAAUGUCAAUGUCGUUCACCAACCGCACCAUUUUUAACAUUACUUACACAUGGUAUAGGUCCAUUCAAAAUUCAAAUUUUCAAUAUUCAAAAAAAAAUUGUAAUUUGA